AAUAUCCAAGUGAACCAGAAUCAUCGUCCGGGGAAAGCUCAUCGUCCGAGGAAAGUGACAAUCAUAAAAAAAUGGCAAAUGUAAGUGACCAGAGUGAAUCGUCUUCGUCAUCCGAGGAAAGCGACAAUGAGAAAAAAAAUAAUAAAAUAACGCGUUUAGAUGAACAAAGUGAAUCAGAAUCAUCACCGUCAGAAGAAAGUGAACAAGAAUCAUUGUCAGAGGAAAGUGACAAUAAUAAAAAAAUGACGAAAGUAGAUAAUCAGAGUGAAUCGGAAUCAUCAUCUGAGUCAAAGGAAAGUGACAAUGAAUCGACUUCAUCAUCCGAGGAAAGUGACAAUGAUAAAACAAGUAAAAAAAUAGCUUGUUUAGCUGAACAGAGUAAACCAGAAUCAUCAUCGUCAGAGGAAGGUGAAUCGGAAUCAUCAUCGUCAGAGGAUAGUGAUAAUGAUAAAAAAAUGGCGAAUGCAGAUGACCAGAGUGAAUCGUCUUCGUCAUCAGAGGAAAGUGACAAUGAUAAAAAAAAUAAAAAAAUAACUUGUUUAGCUGAACAGAAUAAACCAGAAUCAUCAUCGUCAGGGGAAAGUGAAUCGGAAUCAUCAUCUGAUUCAGGGGAAAGUGGUAAUGAUAAAAAAAUGGCGAGUGUAGGUGACCAGAGUGAAUCGUCUUCAUCAUCCGAGGAAAGUGACGAUGAUAAAAAAAAAAAUAAAAUAACUUGUUUAGCUGAACAGAGUAAACCAGAAUCAUCAUCGUCAGAGGAAAGUGAAUCGGAAUCAUCAUCUGAGUCAGGGGAAAGUGGUAAUGAUAAAAAAAUGGCGAAUGUAGGUGACCAGAGUGAAUCGUCUUCGUCAUCCGAGGAAAAUGAUCAGAGUGAAUCGGAAUCGUCAUCUGAAGGAGAUGAUGAACAUUCUUCAUCCGAGGAAAGCGACAAAGACAAAAAAAUGGAUCAGAGUGAU